AUGGGCGACAUUCACAGACAGUACAAAGCCCUGUCCAAGUCCCUUCCUCCUCCCAAAUACAUUGCAGCUAAAGAGCCCUUUGAUAAGCAGUACAGAUGUGGAGCGCCCUUGGGAAAGGGCGGUUUCGGCCCAGUAUUUGCUGCUGAGAGGAUCUCGGAUGGCUUACAGGUUGCAGUCAAACAAAUACUCCGCGAUAGCGUACAGCAGUGGGCACGACUGCCUGGUCAUCCGAGCCUGGUUCCCAUAGAGAUCGCACUCCUGGUGCAGCUGGGAAGUGGGCCAGGAGCGGGGCCCUCUCACCGUGGCAUCAUCCAGAUGCUGGAUUGGUUUGAGAUGCCAGGUCAGGCAUUCUUCAUCGUGUUUGAGAGACCCCAGCCUUGCCAAGACCUCUUUGAUUUCAUCACAGCAUGUGGUGCUGUGGAGGAGCCUGCUGCACGAAGGUACAGCCGAAUAAAUGAACAAACGAUGAAUGAAUGAAUGGAUGAAUGAAUAAAUUAAGUAAAUAAAGGCCAGAGCACAGGCACCGGCCAAACAGUACUCUUACUGAACCGCUCUACAGCUUUAACACUUCUGACUGGUUUAAACCUUUGUAGCUUUACUCACUGAGACUGAAAAAGGGCCUUCUCUUUCCAGGUUUCUGAAACAGGUCAUUGAAGCCAUUCAGUUCUGCCAUUCAAGGGGAGUCGUGCAUCGAGACAU